UGUGAGAAAUCAGAGAUGGGAGUUCAUGUCUGUGCCUUUAUCCUGGUCAGGAAAACUGCCAUGGAAAACCCUUCACUGCCUUUGGGGGUCUGGAAAUUGCUAACACAGUAUAACUAAUGCUGAGUGGAUGGUUAGGAUGUUGGCUGAGUGAUAAGAAAAUUGCUUUUUCAUUGGUCAUCCAGUCCUGUGAAGUAUUAGCAUCAGGUGCCAACCCCUGCUGCGGCCGCCCCUGCUGCUACCAUUAAAUUGGAGGGAUUCGCUAAGGCCAAGACAAUGAAGGUGAAAUGGACCCAGGUGGGCUUGGUGUUCUUCCUGUUGCUGUCGCUGGUGAUGACAGGAUGCUUCCUCUGGCAGUACAAUCUGCCAAAAUUACUGCCAGAUGAAGGUAUGGGUCGCGAUGCAAAAUCAGAGAGGAUGUGUCCACGCUUCCCAGAGCCUCUCCCACUGGAGCAUCCUAUUCCCAGUCUGAAAGAAGCCCUGGAAAAGGUGGACGCUCUGCUUCGCCAGAACAUCAACCCCAUCAGCCUUCCCUCUAUGUCAGCCAUCGUGGUUUUCAAUGACACUGUUCUGUGGACGGGCAACUUUGGAAAGAGGAAUGCGAGUGACCCUCUCUCUGGUCCCCCCAACGAGUACACAAUCUACAGAAUUGCCAGUCUAUCCAAGAUCUUCCCAACACUGAUGCUGUACAGGCUGUGGGAGGACGGGAAGAUCGGCUCUUUAGACGAUCCUCUGGAGAAGUACGUGGACAACUUCACCAUCAAAAACCCACUGGGGAAGACGCGAGACUCUGAGCUGAAAUAUGUGACAGAUGGCCUGAUAUUUCUGGACAGCGGCGAAGUUCAGAUCCGCUCCUCCUCGGUCACCCUGCGCAGGAUGGCCAGCCAGCUCUCAGGCCUGCCCAGGAGACUCCGGGCCACAAAUCUGCUAUGGAAGGGGAAAACACAAUCAGCCAUCAAUCUACUGCAAGAUGACGUCCUAGUUGCAGACCCAGGCACCAAAUGUCACUACAGCAACCUGGCCUUCUCGCUGCUGGCUCAUGUGAUGGCUGAGAGAGUGCUCGGCAUGGACUACCAGCGCUGGAUCACAGACAACAUCCUGGACCGGCUCGGGAUGGAGGACACCGGAUUUGACAUCACCCCGGGGCUCCAGAGCCAGAUGGCAGUGGGGGUGUAUUCCAGCGGGCAGCCUGCCCCUCUCUAUGAUCUGGGCUGGUACCGGCCCUCGGGUCAGAUGUUCUCCACAGCAGCGGACUUGGCCAAGCUAGCCAUGAUGCUGCUGGGUGCUUAUCACCGCAAGCUCCUGGAGCCGGACACCCUGAAGAUCAUGCUGACCCCACUCUUUAGGUGCGAUAAGGACUACUUUGCCAACCGUACCGGGACACCCUGGGAGGUGAAUGAGCAGCUGGGGUAUGAGGUGGUGCGUAAGGAUGGAGAUUUGGACGGCUACUCAGCCACCUUCUCCCUGGUACCCAGACUGAAACUCGGCCUGGUGGUGCUCAUGGCUGGCAGCAGGUCCCAGAGCCAGGAUGUGGUCACUAAGGCCUACAGUUAUGUCAUCCCAGCUAUAGAAAAAGCCUUCAGGGAGGCCAAGAAGGUCCUCACUGCUCCCCCAAACCCAGAUCCUUACAUAGGCUUCUACACCUAUGGUAAUAUCACCUUCUACGAGAUCAAAGCCGGAUCAGAUGGAGUUUUGAUCAUGCAGCAAUUCGGGCCGCAGAUUGAGGAGUUGAUCCCGGAGAAAUACAGGACAAUUAAACUCAACUACCUGGUUGAGCGGGUGUUCAGGGUGGUGUUUGAAAAGGAGUACCCUUGUGUGUUACGGGUCAGCACCGCCUCUGUGUCCCUGGAGGCCCAGGAUGGCCAACUAUUUAACUUCUACAUGUUCAACAAGCGGGGUUUGUCCCCAGGUUUUGAUGCACCAGGACUGAAUACGUACAAUGUUGUUAGAAUAGCCCGCAGGCCCUCCUUUUCAAACUGAACUGAACUUAUGGCUUACAGACGAACAAUGUGGAGAUGUCCUCAGGUUUGGGAUCUGUAUUUCUAAACUAAAAAGAGGGUGUCUGAACCAAGGUGGUGACAAACCAAGUGAGAAUUUACAAGAAAGUUUUGUCAAUCACAGAUGGACUGCUGUUGUAUACGGAAAGCAGGAAAUGCAGUGUUUACCCAUUUAUAAGGCGUCUUGCACAGAAAAUUAGUUUUUCUGUUAAAUAUGACUGUAUAUAACUAUCCUUUUCAUACAUCCUUUACCACGCUGAACAUUUACUGAAGAUGUUCAUAUAUUCGUCACAUAGUGCUUGUGUUUUUCCUGCUUUGAUACACAUUGCUUACAUUGGUUUUGGUCGCCUCUGUCCUUGAGUUUACAUUAAGAGAACAGAACCACAGCUUUUAUCAAUAAAUUCCCCAACUUCUGUAACUGACAUGAACAUUAAGUCUCUAACAAGUAAUAAAAUAGAAGAAGACAUGUGGUAAUAGCUGAACUGAUUACAGUUCCACCAACUGAUCAUUUCAUACAUUUGUACUUUUAACCUCUGGGGAAGAAACAAACCAAGACAACAAUUUAUUUUCCGUUCAUAUUUGGCAUGAUGUAUUCAUGUCAAAUAUGAAUAAACUCACCCCAGGAUUGUUGUAACCCCUUUAGGGUUUGCUGUCA